GGGAGCUGUUAUUUCUGAUAUUGGGCCCGCUCGGCUUGACAUUUACCGCCCGUGGCAUUUAGAUCGCUCGAAAUUUUGUGUGUGAGGUGGUGUAGUAAGAAUGAGGAGGGUGUAGUGGUGUGUAGGAUGUGAUGUGCAGAGGCCGGUCACGUCUAGUGCUGCCCCAGACGGGCCCCCUCCUCCGUGCCAGCUAGGAAGAGCAGGCAAGGGUUGGGUUAUCGAGCAACGUGUCUGGCUGAUUGUAUGUUAUCACCGCGUCCGGUUACAAAACAAGAUAAUGAGAGUAGACGAGUCCCUGUAAGAGUCCCUGCCCUGCCCUGCUGUGACAAUUGCUCUGCCACUUCCCCCCUCUGGUGCUGCAUGUUCCCACCUAGGUCUGUCCUGACUUCACUACCAUGGACAGCACAGCACACCACUGGCUCAAUCCUAAAAGAUUUUAUGUGUGGCUGCGAGCAGUAGUAAGGAUACUUUUCUGUUCCUUCAACAACUUAUAUUGCAUCCCGGUCCACUUUUGCUGGCUGCUGAUUCUGCAACCUCUCAAAUGGCUGUCACCCUCCACUUACUGGCGGAUCGAAGGUGUUAUGUUCCGAUGGCUGCUGUCCAUGGUGGCUCUUUGGUCGUACAGCAACGGUUACCAUGUUGUGGAACGAGGUGAUGAUGUUUGGGACCUGAAAGACCAGCGGACAUUAGUGCUGUUUAACCACCAGUCCACCUCGGAUGUGCCACUCAUUAUGGCAGCCUUCAACUCCCGCAUCCAGCUUUUCAACAAUAUCAUGUGGAUAAUGGACCACAUCUUCAAGUACACAAACUUUGGACUGGUGUCCUGGGCCCAUGGAGAUUUCUUCAUUCAGGGCGGAAAAGAACAUAGAGAUUCUUCACUGGUGAAACUAGAAAAGCAUCUGAGGAAUUUCUACAUUCCUCGCAAGAGGAAGUGGUUGGUGCUCUUUCCAGAAGGAGGUUUCCUCAAGAACCGUAAACCCUCAAGUCAAAGGUACGCCCUCAAGAACAACCUGCCAGUCCUGGAGAACGUGUCUCUGCCCCGUGUCGGGGCUCUUAAGGUCAUCCUUGACUCUGUGGCAGCAGACAAGCGUGAUGAAAAGACAGAUACCAUCAAGCAUUUGCUGGAUGUGACGAUAGCCUACCCAGGGGGUGACCCCUUGGACCUCCCUACAAUAUUUGGGGGCUGGAGGCCACCUUGUGACACAAUUUUCCAUUACCGGCGGUUUAACAUUGAAGAGGUACCCAAAGAAGAGGAAGCCCUCACUGAGUGGCUGUAUACCCGUUAUGUGGAAAAGGAAAAAAUUUUGCAGGAAUACUAUGACACGGGGGUCUUUCCUGAGGCCCCAACACCCCAUGCCCCAGGUUACCCAGUGGAAAAAGUGCCCAGACUGAAUGGAGUCCAGGUGGUACAUGAUCCUCUGGAGUUUGUCUUGAGACACUGCUUCUAUCUUGCCUCAACCUACAUCUGGGUGAACAUCAUUGCUUGGAUCUUCAGUUGGAUCUUCAGUCAGCUUUGGUGAUGCCCACAUCCAGGCUAUUAUAGUUUACACAAUUUGCUCAUUUCUUAUUCAUAAUGAAUAAGACUUGUGCCGCAUCAGUCUGUAGGGCAUUAGUGAAAUAAGACUUGUGAAGUUUUAUCGUUGAAGACAAUGAUAGACUAGAAGUUGCUUCCUCAGUGAGGCUAAACAAGGGGGCUUGAUAUUUCCUGACAGAACUGGUAUGUACAUUGGCCGAGUGUGUGCACAAUGUAGUGUGUUGAGCUGCUUUGUGUUGUGCAGCUGGGUAAAGCAUGCAGCCCCAGCAGGAUAUGUAGUGGCUGGCAGAAGCAACAGAUGGCUUGUAUCAUGUAGUUGCACUUGGGAAAAUAGAGCCUCUGCCUUCAAGUCUUAAGUUUUGUGCAAUGAUGAGGUGAAAACUAGCUUUUUGUCAUCUUUUGUUCUCCUCAAAUAAGAAAGGAGCAAUGCAUUUUUAAUUUCUGUAUGUAGAGCAAUAUAGCUUUAAAUAUUUUUACACACUCUUGUAUCACGUUCAUGGCAUCACUGCUGUGCAAUUUUAUUGUGACAAUACCACAUUGAGAGAAAUAUCUGUGAAGACCUAAAUGGUUUUUAAUGUCACCAUGAUUGUCAGGCUUUGAGAAAUAACCUCUUACCAUAUCACUACUAAUCAGGUUCCCAGUAUCCUUAUUUAGUUAACUAGUCUUGUUGUGUAGUCUGCCUUAUAGCUGGGAGCUUGAAUAUUGCAGCCAUAAAUUGAAAGCUUUUCUGUUCCCUUUCUUGUAACACCUAAGUGUAAAUGUGUACCAGGUUAGUGAAGUUGUACGAGUGAAUGUAACUCACGAGUCAUUCUUGUUUUUCCUGUCAUUAUUUAUCCUUGUUAUCAUUGUUGUGCAAGGGCCAGUGUCAUGCCCUCUUCCUUUCCAUAGAUAAAUUAUUGAUUUCAUAUCAUAGGUUUUGACUUUGAAGUCUUACAUCUUUCCCUUUUCAUUUCAUUCAAAAUAUUCCUCUACCUCAUAAUAACCUGGAGUAAAUUUGCCAGGUUUAUUUUAAAUACUGUAAAUUGUGGCAUACAAGUUGACUUUGAAAGCCAGAAUCUUUUUUUCAAAUCUGAGGACUAAAUUAUAAAAAGGGUUUGUGGAGGUUAACACUGAGCCAGGCUGUGCCACUUUCAUAAAGCCUGAGCAUCAGACCAUGUUCAAUCAUAACUACUGUAUUGUGGUAAUCCAUUCUCAUCAUCAUCAUCAUCAUCAUUGCUGUCAGUCAUCAUCCUCAUUAUUGUCAGUCAUCAUGAUCAUGAUCAUCAUCAUUAUCAUCACCACAUUAAUAUGUAAUUUCAUUUCUAGCAGCAAACAUUACAGUCAGGAGCAUAAGAAAACAAUUCAUGCUGCAAAAUUAGUCAUAUCUUUAAUGAGAUCAUACAUACAUGUAGUCAAGACAUACAGUGUUUAUAUUUGUUCUUACUGUGGGAUCUUGCAUUUGGUAACAAAUUGGUGCUGAAAUAACAUUGCUAAAUAUAUCACCAGACAUCAAGACUAAAAAUCACAAGAAAAAUAUUAUUGGUACCUGAGGACUUGACUUAUUUUUGCUUAAUGUCUGGCUCAAAAUAUCAGUUUUCUGUUAUCAGCCAUUAUCAGAUGUCUAAAGAUAAUGGAUAAAAUAACACUAUGUGUGAGGUGUUUGUGAGAUAAGUAAUGUUAAUACAGUUUCUGAGGCGAGGCUACUUUGUACAUCUUCCUCGGCCAGGAAGCUUAUGGCACCAGUGUGGUGGCCAGUCAACCAGAGGCUGAAAUGUGCAUUGUUGAAGAGAUGCUCACUAGCUAAUGUGAUAACAUAUUUGCCAAAAAACAGAGCAGGGUAAUAAUUUGCUUGUGUUGCCAAAUAUGAUAGUCAAACUCAAAUACACCAAAUGUGUGGUCCCAUUAUUUAUGUACGUAUAUACUUCAGGCUUAGAAGUGAAAUUAGUGUCUUAGUGUUCUUGCACACAGGUGAUUAAAAAGGAUGAGUAGAGUAUGGAGUUCCACAACCAAAAAAAAAAAAAAAAAAAAAAAAAAAAAAAUGUAAGAAAGAAGACUUUAGUUGUCACUAAAGUAUGUGCCUAAUUAUCUAAUUGAAAUAAGUUCACAACCUCAUAAAUAAUUCCAGAAAAUCAGAAAAACAGAUAUCUACUGAUCUCUAGACUACAUGUAACCACUCCUGCCAAAUUCUGGGUUCACAAUAUUUUUUAAGCUCAGCUCAGCUGUAUUGAUCCAUUGUUUUGGUAAUAUUCUCUUUGCCUUUCUUGGAGCACCAUUCUUGGUGGCACUACCACCAAAAUAAUAUCCCUUACUCUUGGAUUCUUGAAGUUAUUGCUUCAAUUUCAAUAUAACCUUCACAGUUUACUUGUAUUGCUUAAUGUUGUGCACUGAAAGUGCUAAACUGAUAACUUUCCAUUUGCUCUUUGGUCUCAUUUCUCAUGCAGAGAAAGAAUUUUCCUUGUAUGUUUGGCUUGCAUCAAUACCAUUCCAAUAGACACAUGUAUCAAUGCAAUAUGCAGCAUCAGUCACCAAUAAAGGUGAAAAAUCUAAAAUCUGCCUCAAGUUUGUUUACACCAGCAUCCUGGAGCAGCAGUGGGAAGAUGCAUAUUCAGUGAAUGCUAGACAUGCUGCCUGUAUCGAUGCCUUCUACAUGUAUCACUUUACAUGAUUAAAGUUUUCAUGGUCUUCCCAAUUUCUGAUUUUUCAUGAUUUUCAAAAUAUUAAGCUUCCAUGUGGAUUUGUCUGGAACAAAAAGAAGAGCAGUUUGAUAAUUCGGCAUGUACUUAUGUAUUUUGUUUGGUUUUAUUUUAUUUUGUUUCUUUUCUUGCCUUUUUGUAUGUAUGAGCAGGACAAGGCAAGCCAUUUGUGUGUGUGUGUGUGUGUGUGUGUGUGUGUGUGUGUGUCUAUAUAUAUAUAUAUAUAUAUAUAUAUAUAUAUAUAUAUAUAUAUAUAUAUAUAUAUAUAUAUAUAUAUAUAUAUAUAUAUAUAUUUAUUUAUUUAUUUAUUUAUUUGUUUAUUAUGUUGUUUAUGAAUUCAUUGAUUUAUUUUUUACUCUGCUUAUAAUAUUUGUACAGCUAUAACCUUCUGUACACUUGGAGUAAUAUCAAGAAAAGCAAAACAGAGUGAUGUGAAGAAUAUAUAAAGUACUAUAUAUACUUGCAAAGAAGUCUAUCCUUACACACACACACUUUUUUUUUUUUUUUGCCUACAUCCACAGGUCUUGGUGCCUGCUGUAUCUUUUGGAUUAUUCCUUACAUUCGUGUUUAGCUUUUCUUAUAAUUUACAAGAUUUACACUGCUUAUAUAUAUAUAUAUAUAUAUAUAUAUAUAUAUAUAUAUAUAUAUAUAUAUAUAUAUAUAUAUAUAUAUAUAUAUAUAUAUAUAUAUAUACUUGCACAUCCACUUCCCUUUAUUUUUCUUAUCAUAUUAAUUCUAAUUUUGACAUGCAACAUCUCAAAACUUCAACAACCAAGCCCCACUUAGUCUUAGUGAAUUAUUCUGAUUCCAGAUUUAAUCUGUCACCCCUAUAGACUCCCUACACUCAUUUCUGUGUAUUCCAUUCAUGUUUUUUGUCUUGCUGGAUAAUUGUCUUGAGUGACUCAUUGCCUUUCAACAUUAUCUUUAGCUAAUCUUUGGCUUAUCCUCCACUUCAAACCUUGAAAUUAUAUUGAUUUUUCUUCCUUGUUCUUUUUGUAUGAUCAAAUCACUUGAGCAGUCACACCUCAAUGUCACACAAGGGAAGCCACUUUUAUGUCAGUCUCACAUUUUAUUGAAAUUCUGUGUCAUUGGGAGAAGCAUUGCUUGAUUUCUUUGAGAGACACAGAGAAGAAGAAGAAUCAGUAAAACUUUACUUAUUGCUCAUAUACAAAUAAUGAAAUAUACCAUUAUUUGUGGAAUUGCAAGUUCUGUAAAAUGUGAGAUCUUUGAUUCACUAGUUUUCCACUGAACCCACAGUAUCCUUGUUCUCAACAUGUCUCCAUUUUACCUGAGUUUUGCUUUAUCACUUUUGUUUGUUCAAAAGUAGCUUCCUCUAACACUGGAAUAAAAGCAAAAAAAGAAAAAAAAAGUAUCAGAUCUAGUAGUAUUUGCAUUAUUAAUGAUUUUAUAAAAUUCAUUUCUUGUUAAGAGCUUUGGAUGAGGCAAUUUCAGUUGUAUGUCAAACAUAACCAACCUUUCAUUUCAUGUGUUCUAAACACUGUGUGUGCAGUGGAAUCUGAGGCUGCUUUUAUUUCUGCUGUUACAAUGGCUGUUGUGGUUUUCCUUCUUGUUAGAAGAAAGCUUCCAUGACAUUCUAAUAUGCAUUACUGAAGUAUGAAUGUCUGGUAAGAGAAUGAAUAAGAUGUUUUUGAAGGCUUAUCAACUCUCUCUCUCUCUCUCUCUCUCUCUCUCUCUCUCUCUCUCUCUCUCUCUCUCUCUCUCUCUCUCUCUCUCUCUCUCUCUCUCUCUCUCUCUCUCUCUCUCUCUCUCUCUCUCUCUCUCUCUCUUUCUUUUUUUUUUGGGGGGGAGACAAGUCAAGCCUCAUCAGACUAUGCACAAGUGAUUUCACACUUUCAUUUCUCCUCAUUGUGUACUAUUCAUUUGCUUGAACAUAUCCACCUCAUGACUAUGUUUCUGAUACAGUGAUUGAAAUAUGGCAUUGUAUUUACAUCAGUGAUUAGGCUAAUAAAGUAAAUUGUUUGCAGCAGUA